AUGGACCCCUCCAACCCUUUUAAUGCGACUGCCACCUACAAAACCCCCUCAAAAACACCUCCUCGUCCACCACCCCCCAUUGAUCCGUCCAUUUUCUCCGAUCGUCUGAGCUAUCCGUCCCUUACCGCGACCCAUCCCCCGCUUUCCCCGUCCGCGUUUUCCUCCUCCUCGCUCCUAUCGCCGUCUGAUCCUCCCGCGCGUCCUGGCGUCAACCAGCCGCCGUAUUUGACCCCAAGGCGCAUACCUAGUUCCAGCUCUCUAAGAGAUGAAAGGCGCAAGUCUACUCCUAACCUAAAGAAGCGCUCGUCUACUGCCUCUCUUCGCUCCGCACAGCUCAACAGUGGGGGUCCAGUGUCUCCCCGACCAAUUCUGUCGCGCCGCUCGUCCUCCACACUCGCGACGUCACCUACCCUGGGCCUUAGCGAGAGCGGUUCCACCAUGUCCAAACGGCCUUCGCUGUCCGCAGCGGUGGAACAACCAAUACCAACUGCGGCCUCCAUCGCGGCCGAUCACUUCAAGAGAGAAGUCGAGCAACACCAGUCUGUGGACCUGCAAUCUCAGACUUUGGUGGUGAUUCACGAUGCAUGUUACGGCCACCGCUUCUCACGCCCGCGCACGUCGCGUGCCGCACUGAGCUCAAUUGUUGAGAGACCCGAGCGUGUCCAAGCUUGUGUUUUAGGGGUAUCUGCUGCAUAUGUUCGACUUGCCCGCAGACAUGCUGGUGGCCAGUUUACCGUUCACCCGGAUUUGAACCUGCACCAGCUACCUGUUCCGCCAUUUCAGAUCCGCAAGACUUCACGGAGCUUGGCAGUUACCUCUCCCGCAGUUACCCAUGUGCACGGAACCAAGUGGAUGGAAGAUCUCAAAAACAUGUGCGACGCUGCUGAAUCACGGCUUGCGCUGAAUGGCAAGGAACUAGUUCGCCCUCGGAGCAGCGGCAAGGAUAGCGCCAGCAGUACUACUUCUGACAAGCCAUUCCACGAGGGAGAUCUUUACUUGUGCUCCGAGUCGUUGAAUGCGUUUGAGGGAGCAUUGGGCGGGGUGUGUGAAGGAGUGGAUGCUAUUUUCAGCCCAACCCCUACGAAGCGUGCAUUUGUCUGCGUUCGCCCUCCCGGUCACCACUGCUCGUCCAGCCACCCUUCCGGUUUCUGCUGGAUUAACAAUGUCCAUGUGGGAAUCUCUUACGCAGCAAUGACCCAUGGUCUCACCCAUGCUGCGAUCCUGGACUUUGACCUUCAUCAUGGCGACGGGUCUCAGGAAAUCACUUGGGAGCAAAACCAAAAGGCGCUUGCGGCACCCAAGAAUGCGGCUGCUUAUAAGAAGGCUAUGGUUGGCUACUUCAGCUUGCAUGACAUCAACUCGUACCCGUGCGAAAUGGGCGAACCGGAAAAAGUGCGCAACGCGAGUGUCUGCAUUGAGAAGGCGCAUGGGCAAUCUAUCUGGAACGUUCACUUGGAGUCGUGGAAGACUGAGCCGGAGUUCUGGGACCUAUAUGCUUCUAGAUACUCCGUUCUGAUAGACAAGGCUCGUGCGUUCCUGAAAAUGCACACUGAGCGAUUGGCCAGCAUUCCCAACGGCCCUCAGCCCAAGGCAGCGAUCUUUAUUUCUGCAGGGUUUGACGCGAGUGAAUGGGAAGGUGCCGGCAUGCAGAGACAUCAGGUCAAUGUUCCCACCGAGUUUUACGCCAAGUUCACUGCCGAUGUUGUGCGGAUGGCAGAGGAGGAAGGACUUGGGGUCGAUGGGCGGAUUGUCAGUGUACUGGAAGGAGGGUACAGCAAUCGAGCUUUGACAACGGGUGUUUUGAGCCAUUUGUCAGGGCUAGGAGACACGACCCAUGCUCCGGCCGACGUAUAUCAUGUCGAUCGUUUGGCGACUGAGAUGACUGAUCGCCUUGGCUUGUCGGACAUUGCACCGGAUGACAAGCAGUGGUCUGUAUUUGAGGCACUUUACGAUCGUGAAUGGUGGUCACCCCCGUUGCUAGAAGAGUUGGAGGCUUUGGUCUACCCGCCACCACCAGCAGCGAAACCUCGAGAGAAAUCUGCUCCGACCUACUUCGCCCCGACACAAUCCUUCGCAGCCAAAGUAGUACUACCAACCAGGGAUCGAAAAUCUAAUGGCUCGCACGCCAGUCUAGACCUGGAGCCUCCAUUGCCUCCCGUGGGCUGGGCAGUAGCCGCCCACGAGUUGUCCAAGGUACUCAUACCCAGCGAUCGACAAACCACAAGCUGUCGCCCAGAGGAGUUGAACGCUGAAGCCUCGCGCUUGAGACGGGAACGACAUACCGCAACCGCAGACAUUGUCCAGCGUGAUGCAGCAGCUACUCCGGUUGAGCCUGCUGCAGGCGAGGAAAACAAGAUGAAGCUCCGCAUCAGGAAACCCAAGCCUUCCCUGCCCAGCACACCAAGAGCUGAGACCCCGGCACGCCGCACCGACAGAAACAGCCGCCGAACUACGCUCGAUUCUCCGAGUGCUUUGCCCGAUCCAUCUCGAUCGCCCGGACCUCGUACUUCCCGGAGAAAGAGUGCUGCUUCGACCCCUGAGCAGAAUGGAGCCGAUCAGAGACCCUCGUCGCAGGGUUUAAUAAGCGCACGUAAAACCAACAUGUCUCGACCUGGAACCCCGAAGCGCACAGCAAGUCCACGCAAAGCACCACCUGUGCCCCGAGUUCCUUCUGCCUUUCUCCCCAUGACGCUGCCGACCGAGCAGCAGCCCGCGUCUGAUAGCAGCCGGGUCCAAGAUGACAUGGACAGUCUCACAGCCAAUGUUGGCAAGCUGAGCAUCAAACUCAAGGUACCUUCUCCGGAAGAGAACGCGGCGCGGGAGAAAAAGGCGGCCGAAGAGCGCAGACGAAAGACCGCUAAACCAAUCUCUAAGCCUUCUCGUUCUCACAGAAAAGCUUCUGGCAAAGCACCCGCCCCGACACCUGCGUCAACUACAACAUGUCAGCGCCCAGAUGUGUCUAGAAGCUCUCCUGAAGAACCUCCCCUCCCAACCAUGCCUGCACCAGACCACACGGUCAAACUUGAGCCGUCAGAGGAAAGCGGAAAAUACUCAGGGUUAUCGCUCGCGACCCCAGACGCAUCAUCCCCUACACCUGUUGAGCCCGAAGGCGCUAGACCCGAGACUCUUGCGGAAGGUAAUGACUGGAACCAGAAUGCAAUCCUUGGUUCUUCACAUAUGCCUCCGUCGCAGAAUCCGUAUGCGGGAAUUUCUCCACCUCUCACACCUGGACCCGUGAGCUCCUCUGCAAGUCCUCAGUCCAUGCUGUAUUCGCCUCUCGCGACAGCCUCGGCUAGCAGAACCGGCUUGCCCGUGUUUACAUCCCGUGGCCCAAUUCCGUUUGCUCCGUCAAACGUGACAAGGGAAGAUCAUGCGCAGGCAACCCCGAACUCUGAAUCUGGAACUUAG